CAUCAUCAACUUCUUCUUCUCUAUUGACUUUGAUAGACUCUUCGUUUGCAAAACAAAAUUCACCAGCAAUGGCAGAAGUAAUCGUUACGAUGGAGGUCGGUUCCGAUGGUGUUGCUCUCAUCACCAUCUCUAAUCCUCCUGUUAACGCCUUAGCUGUCCCAAUUCUUGGUGGGUUGAAGGACAAAUUUGCUGAGGCUAUGAGGAGAGAUGAUGUGAAAGCGAUCGUUUUGACUGGCAAGAAUGGGAGAUUUUCAGGUGGAUUUGACAUCAAUGUUUUCCAGCGAGUUCAUCAGAAUGGAGACAUAUCUCAAUUACCGGAUGUAUCUGUUGCCCUUGUGACCAACACAAUUGAAGAUGCCAAGAAACCCAUAGUUGCCGCUGUACAAGGACUUGCGCUUGGGGGCGGUCUAGAAAUAGCAAUGGGAUGCCAUGCCCGUAUUGCAGCUCCGAAAGCUCAACUUGGCUUACCUGAAUUGUCUCUUGGAGUUAUGCCUGGCUUUGGAGGUACCCAAAGACUUCCUAGGCUUUUGGGGUUGUCAAAGGCAAUUGAUAUGAUGUUGACAUCUAAACCGAUACUUUCUGAGGAAGGGAAAAAGCUAGGUCUUAUUGAUGCUAUUGUGCCUCCCCAAGAAUUGUUGAAAGUCUCUCGGCAAUGGGCUUUAGACAUCGCAGAGGCACGUAAACCAUGGGUUCGUGCACUUCAUCGCACAGAUAAAAUCGGUUCUUUAUCUGAAGCACGUGAAAUACUUAAGAAUGCUAGACAACUAGUCAAACGCACGGCUCCUAAUAUGCCACAACAUCUGGCUUGCCUUGACGUGAUUGAGGAAGGCAUUAUUCAUGGAGGGUAUGCCGGCGUUUUAAAGGAGGUCAAGGCGUUUAACGAGCUCGUUGUUUCAGACACAUCGAAAGGUCUUGUUCAUGUAUUCUUUGCACAACGUGCUAUCUCAAAGGUACCUAACGUCACCGAUAUUGGUCUCAAGCCAAGGACCGUCAAGAAAGUUGCUGUGAUCGGUGGAGGUUUAAUGGGGUCAGGAAUAGCUACAGCCCUUAUCCUUGGUAAUAUAAGCGUUGUUCUUAAAGAAAUCAACUCCGAGUAUCUUCUGAAGGGAAUAAAAACAAUCGAAGCAAAUGUUCGAGGUUUGGUUGCAAGGAAGAAGUUAGCACAGGCUCAAGCUGAAAAGGUCUUGUCGAUGGUUAAAGGCGUGUUAGAUUACUCGGAAUUCAGAGACGUGGAUAUGGUUAUAGAGGCCGUUAUCGAGAAUGUUCCGUUGAAGCAAAAGAUCUUCAGCGAGAUCGAGAAGGCUUGUCCCCCUCAUUGCAUUUUGGCAACAAACACAUCUACGAUUGACCUCAAUUUGGUUGGAGAGAAAAUAAAAUCUCAAGACCGAGUUGUGGGGGCACAUUUCUUCAGUCCGGCUCAUGUGAUGCCUCUAUUGGAGAUAGUCCGAACAGAAAAGACUUCUGCACAAGUGAUCCUAGACCUUAUGACAGUUGGAAAGAUUAUAAAGAAAGCUCCAGUUGUGGUGGGAAAUUGUACAGGCUUCGCUGUUAAUCGCACUUUCUUUCCGUACACACAGGGUGCGCAUAUUUUGCUUCAUUUAGGUGUCGACUUGUUUAGAAUUGACCGACUGAUCAGCAGCUUUGGACUCCCAAUGGGUCCUUUCCAGCUUCAGGAUUUAGCUGGAUACGGUGUAGCUCUUGCUGUAGGUAAAGAAUUUGCGACCGCUUUUCCUGAUCGCACAUUCCGUUCUCCUAUAAUCGACCUCCUAAUCAAAAGCGGGCGAAAUGGUAAAAACAAUGGAAAAGGAUAUUAUCUUUACGAGAAGGGUAGCAAGCCGAAACCCGAUCCCCAGGUGUUCCCGAUCAUAGAGGAGGCUAAAAGACUAGUCAAUUUAACGCCAGGAGGGAAGCCUAUAUCGAUCACCGACCAAGAAAUAGUGGAGAUGAUUUUGUUUCCGGUGGUGAAUGAGGCUUGUCGGGUUCUUGAGGAAGGAGUUGUGGUUCGAGCAUCCGAUCUCGAUGUUGCAUCGGUUCUUGGGAUGAGUUUUCCUUCUUAUCGUGGUGGUAUUGUGUUUUGGGGAGAUUUGGUUGGGGCCAAACACAUAUAUACAAGUCUCAAGAAAUGGUCUGAACAAUAUAGUAACUUCUAUAAGCCAUCAAGAUUUCUUGAAGAAAGAGCGAAAAACAGUGUCCCAUUGAGUGCUCCAUUGUCGUCUACAAGUUCGAGGGCUCGUCUGUAGGCAACAAGUGAUUCAUCGAUCAGAUCGCAAGAAGGAUAGUAAUAAAACUUGUUAAAGUUAUAAUGUUUGGUUCAGUAUUUUUGUUUAGACAUGAAACUAUUCAAAGUUGAUGAAGUCUGAAUGUGGUCAGCUAUUGCUUUUCACUUA